UAGGGAAUUCAAUUGAAAUUAGCGAGUAAAGAAAGCUUCUGUGAAUACGUAAUUCUAGAGAUGUUACCCCUGCUACUGCCGCUGUUGGCGCAGCUGUGCAGUGCGCUGAGUCCUAAGCCUGCAGGCAUGCCCUUCGCUAUCGUCGGAAACCGCUUAGCGCCCUACAACUACACCAGGGCUGAGUGGGAAGAAUCUCAACCAGCCAAUGAGUCGUUGGCGAAGUUCCGCAGCCAACAAACCUAUGGAGAAAUGUGGAAACCUACGCCCUGGCGCCGCGGAAGAAUCUACAUACAUAUCGGAAGUCAAUAUUAUACAAAAGAGGGACAACAGCGCAUCCGCGAUGACAUAGCGCAGUUCAACAGCCAAUCCUGCGUGCCGGUCGAUUAUGGAUGUCAGCAUUACCAACCCUGCAUCUGGGUGCGCCCCUCAUGGAACGACCGUCGCGAAGAGUAUAGCCGGCCGCGACAAAUAUUCUCUGUGGUAGUGACGCCGGGAAUGCCCUCUGACGACAGGAACUACGACUACAACAUUAGAAAAUCAGACGUGGAGAAAUUUGGCUUCCUGAGACACCUCGCGUUCUUCGCGGGUCUCCCGGCUGAACACAAUCAAUACCAGCGCGACAAGUACAUCACACUAACACCUAGCAGGGACAGUGACAUGGAAGUCUUCAGGAAGGACCAGAAGAAUUAUUUUUCCCUCAUAACUGAAGAAUACGACUACGAGUCAGCGACUCACAUCUCUGAGGACCUGGCCUGGGAGCUGGCUAAGGUCAGAAUUGCAUCCAAAGAUCCCAACCGCCCAGUCCCGAAGACCAUGAAACGCCGCCUGAGUAAGGACCAGAAGAAUUAUUUUUCCCUCAUAACUGAAGAAUACGACUACGAGUCAGCGACUCACAUCUCUGAGGACCUGGCCUGGGAGCUGGCUAAGGUCAGAAUUGCAUCCAAAGAUCCCAACCGCCCAGUCCCGAAGACCAUGAAACGCCGCCUGAGUAAGCUCGAUGUAUUCAAGAUCGCUCACCUCCAUAACUGCAGCGGUUUACAAGAUCUAACAUUUAACACAACUUCAACAACUUCGGUUGAUUCUUCCUCAAAAGAACAACUCGGCGUUGAUACGACCAGCACAACAACUACUUCCAUAUAUAAAUUUCCUUCAACAACUUCUGUUGAUUCUUCCUCACAAGUACAACUCGGCGUUGAUACGACAAGCACAACAACUUCCAAAUAUAAAUUUACUUUCGAAAUAGACGGUUUCGAUGGUGCAAAUAAUGGUGGUGAUUAUGAGGGUGAUAAUAAUGGUGGUGAUUUUGAUUACUCUUUCUCUGGUACAACAACUACCUCAAGCGCUGCUAUCAAAACAACUACUACGAGAAACGGCACUGUACUUUUCGGGAAUCUCGAUGCACAAA